AUGGCAUCCGCUUCAGUGAGCAGCAAAGUGCAGCACGUAGCGAAGGCGUCAUCCGACGAGCUCCUCCGCAAGUUCGCAGACUCAGAGACGGGGAAGGCCUCCCCGAGGAAGAUCCAGCGGCUGCUGAGGGGGCCGGUGGCGCGCAGGAAGAGGCGGCCGUCGCGGAGGAUGCCGUGCCACUCGGCGGGGGACUGCAGCAUCUACUGCGCCGAAGUCGGCGUGGAGAGGACGGCAGAGUGGAAGGGUCUCCUACGCCAAAACCCGCCUCCCCACAGAUCUGCCGUUCUUCUUCGUCGGAUCAUCGUCGCCGCCGGGAUCUCUGACAAGCUCAGGGCCGGAGAGAUCCCCAGGGUUGAUUUCUUCCUUGCAGCGCUGGAGAAGGUAAGAAAAACCGCUGGAGAUUAUCCCUUUUCUGUUUUCUCUUAUUUUCGCCUUAUGGGUUCUCGUUCUCGCCGGCAGACAUGGCGGAAGAUGGUGGAGGGGGCCUCGAGGCUGGCGGUAGAGAGGCACUGCAGUCGGCACGUGCGGCUCAUCAGCGACAUGGUUUAG